GGUGAAACCAAAAACAAAAAAAAUUCGAGAAAGUGCUGUAGCUGUGUGAGUGCGGGCAGUGAAAGAUACAGAUACAUUUACAGAUACGGAUCUUUGGCCACAUGUCUGUGCGUUGGCUGGAAAACCAUGCAUUUGCAGUGAAGUUUUGAGCAACAUUGAAUUUUCGAGCGAAAAAUCAAACAAUUUAAGUAUAUUCCAAUUUAAAAUCAAAAAUUUAAAAACACAAGAAGUCAGCAUGGAAAACAUACAGUUGGAAAAUGGCUUGGACAGGAGGACCAGCAGCCAGAGUUCCACUUCAUCAGCGAAUCCUGUAAAUCCUGCGAGUCCCGCCGAGGAAUGCGGCUGUGUGCGAGUGGGCAAAUGCAAGUGGUUCAAUGUGGCCAAGGGAUGGGGCUUCCUUACCCCCAACGACGGCGGCCAGGAGGUGUUCGUCCAUCAGAGCGUCAUCCAGAUGUCCGGUUUCCGAUCCCUGGGCGAGCAGGAGGAGGUGGAGUUCGAGUGCCAGCGCACGUCGCGCGGUCUGGAGGCCACCAGGGUGUCCAGCAGGCAUGGCGGCAGCUGUCAAGGCAGCACCUACAGGCCACGAAUAAAUCGCAGGACUCGUCGCAUGCGCUGCUAUAACUGCGGCGAAUUCGCCAACCACAUUGCCUCCGAAUGCGCUUUGGGUCCUCAGCCGAAGCGCUGUCAUCGCUGCCGUGGAGAAGACCAUCUCCACGCCGACUGCCCGCACAGAAAUAAGACCCAAAGCCACAGUAACAGCAAUAGCAACAGCAACAACAGCAGCAGCAGUGGAGCCCAAGAGAAGAGCGAGGAGGCCACCUAGGAAGUUGUAGGAGUCCUUGGACCAUGGAAGUUACAAACUUCGUUGACAAGUACAAAAUGGAAAUCUAAGAAAAGAGAAAAAACACGCAUCAAAUCAAACAAACCCACGUACAACAAAACUAGCUACUACACUUAGAUAUUAGCGGGUAGAGACGCAACCCGGCAUAACGAUCCUAUCCUAAGUUUAUUCUCUAUUUUUAUAUUACUUUCUAGGAACCAUAGUUACUAAGGUUUUUCACUAGAGUACAAGUAAA